AUGGCCUGGGCUCCGAGAGAUACGCUCCGCCCCUUUCUCCUCGUUGCUCGUCUAUUCGCAUGGAUUAGUGCUGUCAUUGUCAUGGGGAUCACAGCUUGGGCCGUGACCAAGAGAGACGGCUACCGAGUGAUCUAUCCGCUGGUGAUUGUAGGUCUAUCGCGCUAUAUGACGGGAACUAUGGUACUGACCUUGGCAGGCCGUUCUAACAACGCGUUUUUUAUUCCUGCGAUGAUAGUAUCAGCUAUGAAACGUAACCGCGGAUAUAUGCUGCCCUUGGACAUUGUAUUUUCCUACUUGUGGCUUGCCGCAUUCAUCUUCCUGGCUCAGCACAUUGGGCAGGAGAACUGUCGUUGGUUCUUUUUCGGUGUCUCAAGCGCUUGCACCCGCAAGAGAACGGCUGAAGCCUUCUCUUUCCUGGCUUUCUUCUUCACCCUCUGCGCCAUGUGCCUCGAGAUCUUUAAUUUCUACUAUAGUGGAAGAGAGGGACCAGUGGGAAUGCGCCCACAUGCCGAGAAACAUCCCCAUCCCGACACCGGCCGUGCCCCUGCGGAUGCGCCAGCAGAUGUUGCCCAACCGGCUGCUUAA